AUGUCUACCAAGGGAAGCAGUAGCGGUUCUUCAACUGAAGGCAAUAGUGACGACGACACUGAUCGCCCCGAGGCAACAGGGGGUCUUACUGAAAAGGAGUCUGGAGAUGACAAAACCCAAGAAGGGGAACCACCAGCAGCACGAGUACAUUUCCGAUCAUCUGCCAGCUUUUCUCACAACGUGCCUCGUCUACCACCCCACGAAAAGUCUCGUGCUGAGGAUCGACCUCAUCCACCAACAGCACCAUAUGCCCAUCACUCUGAGGAUAUCGCUGAUGCACCACGCGGGGGGCAAAGCGAACCGCCAGGGCAGAUCGACGGCAUAGCUCCGGAUGAGAAAGCACCGGAGGAACCACAUGAACCAAGUCAGAAUAUAAAGACCAUCCCGGCUACAUUCAAUUUUAGCACGGCGAAAAACCGCGUUCGUUCCGUAACAUCCAACCUCAAACAAAGAGCUUCGCGCCUCGGCGACCGACUGGGUCGGCCUACACAUGGAGGUGAUGAUCUUGGGUCGGGUAUGUACCAUGCAGACUGGGCGACCGGCAGCGAACCUCCAAUGUCGGAUGUGACAGACGACAAGCACAAGACUUAUGAAGAAAAGCGUCAGCAUCACGCGACAAGUAGUUCCGAAGCCCACCGACUCGUCCGCGACCUGACGCAAGAUCAAUCGGCCAAGCGGCGAAAAACCCGAGGGAAACAGGGCCCGGGGAACCAGACGGAAUUCGUCGGAGGUGAACAUGAGUCGAGCCUUGACUCGGGCUUGCGAUACCGAUCUGGUGGUGGGGGUGUGUUGUCACAGCUGAUGAAGCUCAAUAAUGGCGGACAGCAACAAGGAAGCACGUCCAGGACCCAGAGUCAGUCUUCUGUCAAUUCUACAUCUAGUACUGCAUCUUCGACGAGUGAGGGACCAAGAUCAAAAAAAGAUAAACCGAAAUGGUACAAGAAGCCACCCAAUACAUCGACGUCCACCUUGAUCGGGGCAUCAUCAGACAGUCUGAGCGGGGCAACCACACCGGUAUCAAGCGAAGUGAUCUCGGCAGCAUCAAAAAGGCGCGGCAAACAGCCUAGUUCUGGCCCGAGACUGGAAGAUGAGAUCCGAGUUACUAUCCACAUCGCGGAGAUCAUCUGUCGACAACGAUAUAUCAUGCAGCUCUGUCGGGCAUUGAUGCUAUUCGGGGCCCCAACUCACCGAUUGGAAGAAUACAUGCAAAUGACUUCCAAGGUACUUGAGAUCGAUAGUCAGUUUCUGUAUCUGCCUGGGUGUAUGAUCAUGUCAUUUGACGAUCCAUCAACGCGAACAACAGAGAUGAAGCUCGUCCGGGUUGGGCAGGGAGUGGACCUGACACGUCUCUCAGAUACUCAUUCUAUAUAUAAGAAUGUCAUCCAUGACGUGAUCGGGAUCGAGGAAGCGGUCCAAGAACUGGAUGAGGUGAUGCAAAAGGAGCCACGCUAUAACAAGUUCAUCAUUGUAUUAGUAUAUGGUCUAGCUACCGCAACCGUCGGGCCUUUCGCAUUCAAUGCCCGACCCAUCGAUAUGCCGAUCAUCUUUAUCAAUGGGUUAUUGGUCGGGGCCAUGCAACAUCUCGCAGCCCCUCGAUCAGUCCUCUAUUCAAAUGUCUUCGAAGUGACAUCUACCGUAUUAACAUCCUUCCUCGCUCGGGCCUUCGGAAGUAUCCCAAUCAGAACUGUGGAUGGAAAGCGACAAUAUCUUUUCUGCUUUUCUGCGAUAGCACAAGCUUCAAUUGCAUUAAUCCUACCCGGGUUUCUGGUCUUAUGCAGUAGUCUGGAAUUACAAUCGCAUCAGAUCAUUGCGGGUUCGAUUCGGAUGGUAUAUGCGAUUAUUUUCUCCUUGUUCAUCGGCUACGGGAUCACUGUCGGCACUACGAUCUACGGACUCAUGGACACCCAAGCAGUAUCGGAUCUCACUUGCCCCAAGACUGGAGCAUUUCCCAAUCCCUAUGUCGCCCGUUUUCCCUUCGUCUCGGUGAUGAUCGUGUGGCUUCUAAUCAUCAAUCAAGGCAAAUGGAAGCAACUUCCACCAAUGGCAGUCAUCGCCCUGUCAGGAUACACAGCGAACUAUUUUAGUACCAAGCGUCUCGGAUCGAAUUCGCAAGUUGCGAAUACCGUCGGCGCUUUUACUAUUGGCAUGAUGGGGAAUCUUUACAGCCGACUCUGGCACGGCCAUGCCGCGACGGCCAUCUUGCCGGGGAUCUUUAUUCUUGUGCCUUCUGGGCUGGCUGCGACCGGGUCAUUGAUUACGGGCGUUCAGUCCGCGAAUGCAAUCCGACAGAAUGUAUCUUCGCAUUCUUCCCCUAGUUCCCAACCUGGAGCAGGGCUUGAAAAUACAUCGGUAUUUACCCUGGGAUUCGGCAUGAUUCAGGUGGCGAUUGGAAUCACAAUUGGUUUGUUUAUCUCGGCACUCAUCGUUUACCCAUAUGGAAAACGGAGAAGUGGAUUGUUUAGUUUCUAA